AUGGGCCCUUCUGGCAGUGGCAAGUCCAGCCUGUUGAACGUCCUCACUGGCCGGGCGCAACACUAUGGAGACGUAUCCGGCGUGUUGAAAGCCAAUGGCGAAGCCAUUCCAGAGGGUGUCGAGUCCAACUUGAAAACGCGGAAUUCUGCGGGAUUUGUCCCCCAGGAUGACGUCAUGCAUACCGAGCUGACGGUGUACGAGAACGUCUAUUUCGCGGCCCGGUUGAGGCUUCCGCCGAACACUCCGCUAGCAGGAUUCUCUGAACGAGUCGAUACAGUUCUCCGCGAUGUGGGCAUCUGGCAUGUCAAAGACACGGUGGUUGGCAACGCCGACGUGCGGGGAAUUAGUGGCGGUCAGCGCAAGCGCACAUCGAUUGCCAUGGAAUUGGUCGGCCAGCCUUCCGUGCUCUUCCUGGAUGAGCCCACAAGUGGACUGGAUGCGGCGGCAGCUCACUCCAUUGUGAAGCUUCUAUGUGGACGAUCGCGGCAGCACUGCACCACUGUGGCCGUGAUCCACCAGCCCCGCUGGCAGACUCUGGAGUUCUUUGACAAUGUUGUCCUUUUGGCCACUGGUGGCUACCUGGUCUAUUCCGGACCUGUUGCCGGUUGCGUUGACUACUUUGAGAAGGUGCUGGAAGCUCCCAUUCCCAGCAUGGCCAACCCAGCAGAUAUAUUCCUCGAUUUCAUAGAUAGCUCCAGCAGCGAAAGAGACGAGACGCUGCAACUGUCGGUCGAUGAGUUGGCCGCCAAAUGGGAAGGCUUCCGAGGAGAGUCAUCAGCUUCAGGAUCCUUCCGCACAGCCUUGGGCGAGGAGUUCCUGCCUCUGUCUUCAUAUGAGAAGUUCCGCCCCGGCAUUUCCGACACCUUCUGGACACUUUACUUGAGAUGCUCUUUGCAGCUCUGCCGUUCCUGGAGGCAGCGCCUCUCCAACCUGGGCCUUGUGGCCCUGUUCCUUUGCGUUGUGCGUGCGCUCCUGGGGGACGAUGGAGAUUUCGAAGAUGUUCUGGUGAAGUUGGGGAUCGCACAGAACAUGCUGAUGCUCCCUGUGUGCAUCCACAGCAUGAAUGUGUUCAGCUGCGACCGCUUGGAGCGAAAGCGAGAGGACACUGCUGGAAUUCCCAUACUCUCGCAAUAUCUGGCGAAGGACUUCUGCCAUUUUGCGGAGUUGCUACUCUUUGCGGUUCUGUGGACAGGCAUUUACGGGCCCUUCUCGAAGGUCGUGGCAAGCCCUUGGACCCUGCUUCGCUUAGCAGUAGCGCAGUGCUACUUGGCUUACGGCCUUUCCUUCUUCCUCUCCGUGAACCUCACGAGCCCCAGCACGGCCACAGUGACCAUCAUGCUGCUACUCGUGGUCGCUCAGCUGUGUUCCGGUGUGGACCUCAUCGCUUUCGGAGAGGUGCAGAGCGCGCUUUACGGCAUAGGAUGGGUCAUCUUCAUACUCUCGCCGUCCUUCUACACGGUAGAGCGGAUCUUGCCUAUCUACCUCUUUGAGGGACUCGAGCCGCCCGUGAGGCAGGCGGUUUGCGACGGCUUCCUGCAGAAGAAAGGGGUCAGCUGUCAACUGCCCGGUUCACACGGAAAGUCUGUAGGUGUGUUUGGCACCGUGACGGGCUUGACCACAUUCUUGGCAGACAUGAAGAAAUCGUAUAUUUUUUUGCACUCGGACGUGCAACUGGUGAUGCUGGCAUUGGCGAUACGAGUCAUCACCCUGUUUCAGCUGGAGCUUAGGGCAGGAAAGGCAAUGCAAGGCAACCGACUGCAGCGCUUCAUUUGUCGUCUUGCCUUGGCUUUGGUCGCCAGCUUCUUUAUACUCACCAUCCCUUUGGCGCCCAACGCCGGCAGUCGAUUGGAGAAAGAGGUUGCCUUCGCUGGCUUGGGUGCUCCACCCAUCCAUACAGCUUAUGUGGUUCGAGAGGGUUGGGUGGACCGUGGGCACAUGUUGAUGCGUACUUGGGUGUCUUGUCGAACGCCGCCCGAAGCAGGAGUAGGAGUGAGAUCGGCCAAAGAACUGAGCAUAGCGAUGCCGACCGGCGUGCUUGUUCAGUUCACGGAUGAGGAGUCGCUGUCCAGCGACUGCCACACAUCGCCUUCAGACACCGGGACCCCCAUGCCGUGCGCAGAGGCGGUCUCGAGCAACGUGAGCACCGGAGCCUUCCAACUCUCCAAGCCAGACGUUGAGAACCGGAUCCAGGAGGCUCCGUGCAGCAGGUGCCUCAGCAUUUGGACCUGGGGUACCUGUGGCCUCCCUCUCGGGGGCUUCUUCCUUGCCUUCCUAAACUCGGCUUCAUCCAGCCUGGUCUACGGCUUCUUCCUUGGAUACAUGGGGUUGGAUGCGUAUGUUUUGCUGUCCAUCCAAGCGCUUAUGAAGCUUCCACAAGUGUUGCUUCUUCCUUUUGGCAUGAUGAACGACUGCCUGCCGAUAUUGGGCUACAACAGAAAGCCGUAUUUCGUGGCAUCCUGGAUCAUCUGUGGCAGUGCCCUGUUGAUCAUGAGCCUGCGGCCCCUGCCUGCGCCCUACUACUGCCAAAAGGACGAUGGCAGCUACGACGUGAUGUCACCACCAUGCAACCCCAGCAUCCAUGACGAGAAGAACUGGUAUGUCUUCCCACUCUUCAUCCUUACUGCAGGUGUUCAGCUGGGAGUUGUGGCUGGUGAGGGCCUCCUACUUGAGUACUCUCAAAAGGAGCCUUUGGAGUGCCGUGGGAAGAUGAAGGCCGAGUUCACAAUGGUGACUAUGGCAGGCUCCCUUGUUUCCUCAGCAGCUGUUGGGGUCUUCAUGAAUGGAAAGGAAUAUCUCGGUACCUUUGACUGGGGCCUCUCCUUCAGUGGCUUCAUGACAAUGUGCCUGCUCAUAGUCACCUUCCUGAUCCCGAUCUGCUUACUUUGCGUUCACGAGCCCAAGAAGUCCACCAGACCGUCCUGCUGCGCCCAUGUGAAAGGCUCUUGGAAGCUGGUUCGAAACAAAGGGUUUUCAAGCGUGCUGCUGUUUGCCUUCCUCGCCCAGUUCUUCAGCACCGUCACCACAACGGCAGGACCCAUGGUGCGAAGCCAAUGGGCCGGCGUGAAGGUCUUGCAGCAACAGCUGUUUGCCAUGGGCAGCAUGCUGGUUAUGAUUGUAGCAACCUGGGUCUACAAGGUGUACCUCCUCCAGACGUGUUGGCGGAAGGCGAUCUUCAUUGCUAUCGUUACGGUGACAAUCAUAGACUCCAUCCCGACCUUCCUCACAAUCUUCGGCGUUGUUCGUGACCAGUACUUUUUCCUUGGGGAGGAGAUUGCCACUGCUGUGCCCACCACGGCACUUGCUUUGAUUUACAGCCUGAUGGUUAUCGAGCUCGCUGAGCCUGGGCAGGAAGGUCUUUGUUACGGCCUGCUCGGAACGGUCCAGCAUGCCAGCCUUCCCAUUGCCACGGCCCUGAGCAACCAAAUUUUCGGUCUCUUCAAGCCCUCUUUGUCCUUGCUGGAGAACUAUGUCACCGACACCCCAGCCUUCCGAUCAACGGUAGCUUGGUCCUACGUGCUGACCUAUGCUGCAUCCUUGCUCGGCAUGUGCGCACUCCCUUUGGUACCACGGCAGAAAGCAGAUGUCCAGAGGCGCAAGAGAGAGUGGAGUGCCAGCUACAUCAUGGCCAUCUUGGUCUUGGGCAUUCCUGCUCUUUGCUUGCCUUACGGUGUUGUCGUCUUGCUCCUCAGCAGUCAGCCACAAACGGCAUGCUUGCGCUGGGUGGGCGGCCAGGGCUGCGACCACCUCAACUGA